GAGAAUGGCACUAAAGUGCCUCACGAUAAUUCAUGCCUGUGAUUUUAUGGGGCAUUCGUUAUGCGGUUCAUUGGAAGGGGCGACGAGAGAUUGUCGGAACCAUAUAUCUGAGAGAAAAGGCUUCCAUGCGAGCAAACCGAGCAGAAAAUCCUUUGCAACCAUGUCCUUUAGAUUAGCUUAAAAUACAUUUCAGAACAUUUGUUUUAGUCAUUUUUUGAACCGUUUAAAACAUUUUAUCAGUUUUAAGGUAUGCUUUUACUACGAUUGAAUAAUUCUAGUCUUAAAAUGGAAUUCAAUAUUUUAUGAGGCACUAUAGACCUCGACUGUUCCUUCAGAAAUUAGGCAAUAAAAGGAUUUAUCGCACAUUUAUUUUCUUCUAUCUUUUUUCAUUAAUUUUUUUGUUUUUAUAAAAUACGUUUGUGCAAAAAAGUAGUGAGGAGGAUGGCUGAAGCCCCUCAGCCCCCAUGUAAAAUCACGUACGCUCUCGAAAAUGAUCACACUUCAAUCACAAUUUAAUCACAUCAAUCACAAUAAUCACAUUAACUUGAAAAAAUCACCAGUCAUAUAAAUCACAAAUAUUUGAAUCCUGUAGGAUAGCCACAAUUUGAAAUCUGAAGCCCCUCAGCCCCCAUGUAAAAUCACGUACACUCGCGAAAGUGAUCACACUUCAAUCACAAUUUAAUCACAUCAAUCACAAUAAUCACAUUAAUUUGAAAAAAUCACCAGUCAUAUAAAUCACAAAUAUUUGAAUCCCAUAGGAUAGCCACAAUCUGAAAUCUGAAGCCCCUCAGCCCCCAUGUAAAAUCACGUACACUCGCGAAAAUGAUCACACUUCAAUCACAAAUUAAUCACAUUGAUCAAAAAAUUAAAAUGACUUGAAAAGUCACCAGUCAUGUAAAUCACAAAUAUUUGAAUCCCAUAGGAUAGCCACAAUUUGAAAUCUGAAGCCCCUCAGCCCCCAUGUAAAAUCACGUACACUCGCGAAAAUGAUCACACUUCAAUCACAAAUUAAUCACAUUGAUCAAAAAAUUACAAUGACUUGAAAAAUCACCAGUCAUAUAAAUCACAAAUAUUUGAAUCCCAUAGGAUAGCCACAAUCUGAAAUCUGAAGCCCCUCAGCCCCCAUGUAAAAUCACGUACACUCGCGGAAAUGAUCACACUUCAAUCACAAAUUAAUCACAUUGAUCAAAAAAUUAAAAUGACUUGAAAAGUCACCAGUCAUGUAAAUCACAAAUAUUUGAAUCCCAUAGGAUAGCCACAAUUUGAAAUCUGAAGCCCCUCAGCCCCCAUGUAAAAUCACGUACACUCGCGAAAAUGAUCACACUUCAAUCACAAAUUAAUCACAUUGAUCAAAAAAUUACAAUGACUUGAAAAAUCACCAGUCAUAUAAAUCACAAAUAUUUGAAUCCCAUAGGAUAGCCACAAUCUGAAAUCUGAAGCCCCUCAGCCCCCAUGUAAAAUCACGUACACUCGCGGAAAUGAUCACACUUCAAUCACAAAUUAAUCACAUUGAUCAAAAAAUUAAAAUGACUUGAAAAGUCACCAGUCAUGUAAAUCACAAAUAUUUGAAUCUUUGACCAUUUUAAUCACCUAUGCUAUGGGAAAAUGUUGGUUUACUACAGCGAAAACAGCGUAGGGAUUAGACAGUUAAUUUUUCGCAUGACUUGUAUGAUAUUACCCUAAACCAUUAAUUUUGUUUUGGGGCAAAGGUGGCAUAAGUAGUAAUAUUUUAGAAAAAAGGAAAAUAUGAAGCCUCGACGCAAAAUUAUAGGUUUCAAAGUUAUUUUGGCAGGCAUAAAAGGAUAGCCAGUUCCUUCCUUCUGUCUUUGGCAUUACUUGCUAUUUUCUUCUGGAUAGGCAGCUAUUGGUAUUGAUACCGCUAAUGAUUCGAAACUGAUAUAUCAUGUAGCUUCAUCAUUAUAGAUGCCAAUUAACCAUCUUUAUGUACCUGCACAGGGAAAAUUGCCCAUGAAAAGGGCCAAUGGCUAUUUCGCAGGUAAUCAUGAAAAGUAUAAAAUGUUUGUUUUUUCAGAUAAAGGGCUAUCUUCUUAUUUUUUUUCAAUUCUUAUUGGUAUAGUAUUGCAUAUCACCAAAAUUCAUAAAAAUUGAACCUAGUUUUAUUACGUCAUCAAUUGGCAACUCUACUCCAACUCAGUUAAAAAGUCGCUUUUCAACGGACCUGCAUACCUGAUCGUUUUCACUGAAAAAUGGCUUGCAAUCAAAUGAUCUUUAUAAGUUUUGUACAGGAUAUAAUAGCACAUACCAACUGGCUGUUAGCUAUUGACCACAACUGUUUUUGCAUUGCUCUAUUCAUUGCAUAGCCAAUCUAAAGUUAUGGAAAUGGAAAUAAUUUUCACAAUGCCCCAACAAUUAGCCGAUCACUAUGUGGCCUCUCAUUGAUUAUUCAGCGCAACAGGUCGCAUGAGCGGUGUGAUAAAUAAUCAACUGAAAAAUUGAUGAUGCUUUUAGCGUUUGAUUCAUAUAUGACUGUCUUUUGAGUACAAGUACAUUCUUGCUAUUCACAAUGGCACAUUAGGCCUAAUUGCUUCAAAGCAAGGCAUUUUCAAGCUCACUGUUUAACUGCUCAAUUUGAGGCUGUAAACGCACAUGACAAGAAGAUUUCGGAUUUUUAAGGUCACACAAGGUGAGUAUUAUGAUGAAAAGUUUGCAUCUAGUUCAAGAUUUGUUAGUAUUUGUCCUUAUUGAUUGUUUGCAAACGUAACAUGAUUGUACGAGCUUUAUUUACUAUCACUUCAUAUGCUGCAUUGGUAAAGUGUUCUUCAAAGGUUAUAUUCUUCCUAAUCUUUCUCAAAAACAUUAGUAUAACAACUAGGAUUGAUUCUCGUGUCAUAAGAAAGCACUGGCAAAAAAGCAUAACUUCACUUGCUGCAUUGAUAAAGUGUUCUUCAAAGGUUAUAUUCUUCCUAAUCUUUCUCAAAAACAUUUGUAUAACAACUAGGAUUGAUUCUCUUGUCAUAAGAAAUCACUGACAAAAAAGCAUAACUCUGACGAAAGAGAUCACCCAGCAUCGUCAUGGAAAUUAGACAAUCAUCAGUCAAAGACUCAAUAAAAUGUUGCAUUCACAGACACAGUAAUGUCUUUGAAAAAGUCUCACAUCAUUUAUUAACGCCAUGAUCAUUCAAAUGCUUACAUGCACAUCACAUCUGUUGCGAGAAUUUAUACGAAUUUAACUCUUCUUUUGGAUCUUGUGGGUUACGGCUGAUGGUGGAUUUGAGAUUCGGUUGAUUCUCGACGAAGCUGUUUGCCCUGGUGACGUAGUUGACCUGUUUUGAUGGCUGGAAAUUAGACAAUCAUCUCUUGGAAAUUUAGUAAAAUUUUGCAUUAACAGACAGUCAUAUCUUUGGUAAAAUUAUGCUUACUAUUUGGUUUCAAUUGUCAACAAAAUCAAUAUUUAGUACUGCGAAUUCAGGAUUCAACGAACAGUGAGUUGAGCAGCACACUAUUCUGUGAUUGCAAACAAAUGUUGUAAAGGUGUAUAUUAUACUAUUUUCAAGUCUUUUUGCCUGAAACUUUCCCUUUUUUCAGCUCAGUGAAAAUUCCUAAAAAACCUUUUGACUAGGAUGAAAAAUGUUUAAAAGAUAUUUGACAAUUAUUCUCGAAAGUUCUUUCCCAUAGCCCUUUCAUGCUAUUAAAAACAUCAAUCAUUCUUGCUUUAUAGAAACGUAAUUUUCAGGAUUUUGUUCUUGGUUAAAUGUAAGUCAAGGGAUUAAUUCCCAAGACAGUUUUGUAUUCAUUUGAUAGUGCUUAUACCUGUUAAGAGAGGUGCAAUUGACGUCAUAUUCCUGCUCAGUCAGUGGACACAAAAUUAUUAUAAUAAAAUGAUUAAACAGUUAAAAAUCAUACUAAGUAGUAAAAGCCCCUGAGAAAAUUGGUGUAUUUUAUAACGGAAAAGUUAAAGUGCUGAAACGUUUUUAAGAUCUUGAUAUUUUUGCGGGAACCUGCAAGUUGAAAUAGCAGGGGCAGUCUUUGUUGAUGAAGGUGAAAAAGAACUGCGAAAAUUGCCAGUAGCAUUCAUGACGAAUCUUUUUCUUUGCUGGCACUUAUCAAGUUUAGAAUCGAUGAAGCUGGUGUCGACUUCGUAAGUGGUGAAAGAACUUCUACUAGUACUUGUGCUACAAUGUGCUCUCAGUUCAGCAUUGGUAUACAUAAAAGUAUCCAUAUUCUUUAAGCACUUUAUUGGGGUGGUGCAAAAAUUAAUCCGGGGCCCCUUUUGGACAACAAGAAUGGACCCCUUUGAUUAACCACAGAUUUGAAUCUGUGUACAUUAGGGGCCUCCAUUGCAAGAUAAUUUUCUCGGUGCCUCUUGGUUUUAGCCAUUCUACCCCAUUGUUGUUGCGCCUCUGUGGGGGAGUUUAAACCCUUCUUCGCUAUUUCACUACUCUAAAUCAUCAGAAAUUCCUCGUAAUUAUUGUAAAUGUCUUUAAAACUCAUUUCAUGGCAUAUUGCUAUGGAAAUUAUUUACAUGCUUCCAAUUCAUUCGGCAACCAACUUCUUUGAAUUUAAACUAUUCAGUUCUGCAUUGGAACGAAUAAUCCACAUUUACUGCCUUUCUGGUCUUAAUCCUUUCAAGGAUUAUACUUCAUCUUGUCAAAGGAUUACAGCCAGAUUUCAAGUGUGUAAUGUCUCACACUAUAAUUCUUCUUAAAGGAUCUUAGGAGAAACACAAUAAACCUAUAGGUUACGAUGGUUUUCGGCUGCAGUAUUCUAUAGAAACUGAUUCCAAGAAGAAUCAAUUCCGCUAUAAGAUAUUCCUUAAACAUAUUUACGGGGAAAACAAGCAAGACUCCUUGGUAAUACACAGUUGAACCUCCACUUACGGACACUUCGUUAUGGUUGCUACCUGCAAGAAACAAACAGGCAUUUUUCCAAAUCUUAUUGCCUAUCCUCUGAGAAAGUGCACUGUUUGUCAAGGCAAGAGUUUCUCGGGAAUUACUUGAUUUCGGCUCUUUCGUUCGAAAACUUUUGCUCACACCUUGUGUUUAUCAUAACUUUUUAUCUUCAUUGAAACGCGCUACUCUAGCGUUGGAACCUUAUUCAAAAUUCAAUUAAUACAUACAAAAGUUACUUCUCUAAUGUUUUGACUGUUCCAAAACCACUAGUGUCUAACGUCACGACAUUCUGUUAUGAGAUCGAUGCUGGGUAUCUUUCGUUAAUGAUCGUUGUUUUUUCUGUUAGAAAAUUCAGGUUGUCAAAGUAAAAGUAUUAUGUGUUUAUGACGUCACACUUGAGUCUUCUAUUGCUUUUUCGUUUAUAGGUUGCUACGAUACGUACGCAUAAACAAAUGUGACUAAAUGGUGACGUCAUAAGCCUUUUAAGAUUUUCUCAACUUACAUCUUAUGAUUUGAAAGAAUAACAAACACUUUUGUGGUUGAGCUUUUUAUUAUACAUGAUGUUAGUGCUGCUCCUUUAACGUGUAACCACUAUACCACUAUACUGUCUCGAGAAAACCAUACUUUUGUCUUUUUCCACUGAUAUUAAAAAAAAAUUUCCCUAUUUGUUUAUAUAUACAGUAAUGGAAAUGCUAGUAUAUCGUUCUGCAUUUUACAUAAAUUUUUACGAUUCUGAUUCAAAAUAGGCGACAACUUCAAGCUUCUGCCACAUGACAACACGUACGAUAUAGCGGGAACAGAUCUCAUUAAGCUGGCUUUGUCUUCUAAGAAUUGGAGAAAGAGAUGCAAGAAAUUUUUCUAGAAACGCACGUAAUCCGGGAUAACAAAUGUUCUUUAUUAUCAUUGUUCAGUCACAGAACAGAGAUAGUUGCUUCACUGGUUGUCUAUACGAUUACAAAGACCUUCGUAAAGUUAGAACGUGGUUGGUUCUAGAAUUCACAAGAGAACUUCGGUUUGUGAUGAUCUAAUAAAAAAGUUUUCAUGCUAAUAGUAUUUCAUCAAGAAGAUAAAGGUUACGCAGUUGAGGCUGCAGCUGUAACUGUUUGGCAGUACACGCUGGAAAUCAGAAAUAUCACAGAUUUACCUUAAUACAAACAGCUUAAUUUGGAAUCAUAAUCUUUACGGUGUUCUUAAUCUUUGAUCGAUCUCAAUUAUGAAAAAUAUAGCGUACAGUUAUUAAACCUCGGAUAAUCUGGUUAGAAAAUGUCAAGAACAUCAAUAAUAUUGUUACUCCGUAAAUACACAUCAGCUCUGGUAAAGGAAAAACACUGAUUUGUUCGCCAUGUGAUUGUUUUCCCAGAUAUUGUUUUGCUGUCAAAGUAUGACUUAAAUAGAGUUUCGCGCAUCUGGUCGUUGUUUCUAAAGGUGUCUUAUCAUGAUUGCAUUGCAAGAAAAACCCAUACAUCGAACUGCAAAGAGACUCCAAUAAUGUUGCUGUUAACACUUGUUCUGUUUUUGGGCAUUUUGAUACAAGAAUGUGGAACGAGCACUUCGAAUACGACUAAAGAACUGAAACUUGGAGUGUUAAUACCAAUGACUGGCGAUAAAUGGAAUGCUGGCCCGCGUUUUGCAUCGGGGAUUGUCAUUGCCAUUGAAAAGAUCAAUGCAGAUCCAAAUAUCUUACCCGGUUACAAUGUUACUUUUGAAUGGCAGGAUAGCAAAUGCGAGGAGAGUGUUUCGCUGACUGCAGCCGUCGAUAUGUAUGCAAGAAUAAACCCCCACGUGCAUGCAUUGAUUGGUCCGGCUUGUUCUCAUAGCUGCAAGUCGGUCGGAUACUUAGCAAAUCACUGGAAUAUGCCGCUAAUUUCGUACGCCUGUGGAUCUGUAGAGCUGUCUAAUAAGAAAGAUUUCCCCUUAUUUGCCCGGACCGUCGGUGUUUAUGCCAAUUCUGGCAAAAUUAUCGUCAAUCUUAUGAAAUUCUACAAGUGGGACCGCAUUGCACUCCUGACAUCCACUGAUUUCCUCUGGACUUCAAUAAUGACCGGUGUUCAAGCUGACGUGACAAAAGCCAACCUAAAAAUUGCAUACUACCAGAAUUUCAAUGUUGGCAGUGUCACAGAUACUUACCUCCAAGAAAUCCUUGAAACUGCUAGUACCCUGUCCCAUAUCUUCAUCUUCGGUGGGUACAGUGUAACAAUCCGCAGGCUGAUGCUUGCAGCUCACACGUUAGGCCUUACCACAUCUGGGUAUGCAUUUUUUUCCUAUGAUCUUCUACUCGAUUCCUGCAACUCAACUACAGCUUCUGACGAAGAAAACAGAAUUGCAUGCCAAGCAUACGAAGGACUGCUUGAUAUCAGUCUGUAUGUGCCAGAGACAGCGGAGUACAAAAACUUUACAGCAGAAGUCAGAAGGCGAAUGGCUGAGCCUCCAUUUAAUAGACCCAUGUUACCCGGAGAAGAAGUUGAGCUGUACGCUUCGUUAAUACACGAUGCAGUUUAUUUGUAUGCGUAUGGCUUGAAUUCAAGUUUAGCGCAAGGGAUUGACUCUAGGAAUGGCACUGCAAUCAUGCAAAAUAUAUUUGGGAGACAAUUUUACGGUGCUUCUGGGUUGGUUAUUAUCGACUCCGUGGGCGAUAGAGCUGCAGCUCUGCAACUUAAAAACAUCCAGAAAGGAAAAUAUCGCAGAGUAUUUAACUAUUUCAACUCUGAACAGAAACUACAGGUCUUAAACGAGACUCAGAUAAUAUGGCCAGGAAAUACUCUAAGUGCGCCUCUUGGAAGACCUGAGUGUGGUUUUGGUGGAGAACUCUGUAAGAAAACAAAUUAUAGCUGGCUGUACAUUGUCAUAGGCGUGGCAUCGCUGCUCAUAUUUGUAUUUGCUCUUACUCUAUUCUUUGUGCAAAAGAGAAGAAAGAACUUUGAGCGUAUUUUAAUGAGCCAGCGAUGGAAAGUUCAAUAUUCAGACAUUCAGUUCAAAAAUAUCGGUGGAAUAAGCAGACGAUCGUUUUACGCAUCAACAAUGAUGGGAAGUCAAUACUCAUUUACUAGUGGCGUCAACGAAGAUGGUCAUGGACAGCAGAUUUUUACAUCGAUUGGAGUUUUUGGCUCUAGGGUUGUUGCACUCAAGAAAAUCAACAAAAGCAGCAUCGAUCUGAACCGAGACGUCCUGCUUGAGCUUAAAUACGCCUACGAAUGCCAGCAUCAAAAUGUGAAUCCAUUAAUUGGUGCAUGCGUCGAACCCAACAACAUAUUUCUUCUAACACAGUAUUGCAAUAAAGGCAGCUUAUUGGAUGUGCUGCACAAUGCAAGCUUGAAGCUGGAUUGGCUCUUCCAGAUGUCAAUAGCAUUCGACAUCGCAAGAGGCAUGCAGUACAUACAUGGGUCUGAAAUCAAAGUUCACGGCUGCUUAAAAUCAUCAAAUAUUUUGAUUGACAGCCGGUUAGCUUGCAAAAUUACUGACUUUGGAUUGGUCAAAUUCAAAGCUGGACAAAAACCAACGACUGCUCAUGGAACAGACUACCAAUUUCGACAGCAAUUUUGGACUGCUCCCGAACACCUGCGAGAGCCCAGCCUUGCAAUGUCACAGCCUGGAGAUGUUUACAGCUAUGGAAUUAUUCUUCAGGAGAUUCUACUACGGGACCUUCCGUACAGUAUGUUUGAGUUUCUUGCACCCGAAGAAAUCGUAGCACGUGUGCGAAACCUGGAAUACCCUCCUUUUCGUCCUAAAAUCCCCGAUGACACUGGGAGGACAAUGUUUCAAGAGCUUAUGCGCAGCUGCUGGAGUGAAGAUGCUACGCAGAGGCCUAGAUUUGAUGACGUCAUGAAGAACCUCAAGAAAAUUAACGGGGGAAAGAACAUAAACAUGGUCGACAACAUGAUAAGCAUGAUGGAGAAAUAUACAGAUAACCUCGAGGAACUGGUCGCUGAAAGAACCAAGCAACUAGAAGAUGAGAAACAGAAGACAGAUGAGCUUCUUUACAGCAUGCUCCCUAGACCGGUUGCAGAUGUUCUCAAACGAGGAGAGCGUGUCACAGCUGAGAGUUUUGAUAUGGUCACAAUCUUCUUCAGUGAUAUUGUCGGGUUUACCAAAAUGGCAGCUGAAAGCAGUCCUCUAGAGGUGGUGGAUUUUCUUAACGACCUGUAUACAUGCUUUGAUAACAUUGUUGAGUGCCAUGACGUUUAUAAGGUAGAGACAAUUGGUGAUGCGUACAUGGUUGUAUCAGGACUGCCGAAUCGAAUUGGCAACAAGCACGCGGGUGAAAUAGCCAAAAUGUCACUUGAUCUGUUAAGUGCAAUGACAAACUUCAAAGUAAGGCAUAAACCAGAUAUUCAGCUGCAGCUCCGGAUAGGCAUUCACUCGGGUCCUUGCGUCGCUGGCGUUGUUGGUAUGAAAAUGCCUAGAUAUUGUUUAUUCGGAGACACAGUGAAUUUUGCAUCAAGAAUGGAAUCUAGCGGUUUGGCUUUAAGAAUCCAUGUGAGUCCGUAUUGUCGCGAUGUUCUGCUGCAACUUGGUGGCUAUCAUUUGGUUGAAAGAGGACCCGUCUCCAUGAAGGGAAAAGGAACAAUUACGACAUAUUUUCUUCUUGGUUACCAAGGUUUUGACAAGCCUGUGCCAUCGCUAGAAAGAGCAGCUUCUGAGAGUGAACACACGUUCAAGUGAAAUGUUCUGACGAAGUGGCUCCUUGUGGAGAAUAUCUAAUACAACUAUUUGCUAUAUACAAAAUUUAUACACUGUAUGUAUAAUGAUUUCGUUCUCUUACAAAUGUUUUGCUAUGCAAUCACCUUUACCAGAAGAAGGAAAGCAAAAAUAAAGGGUAGUGUAGCAGGUAAUAUUCAAACCACAAGACCUAGGCAUCCGGAAUUACAACUUGAGGCCCUACAAAUGCUUAACUAAAGAGAACACUUGUUUUAAAACAACAGGCACUGUGG